GCCAAACACAUUCCUCUGAAAAAUCCCUGUAUGGGAAUGAUACUUUCAAUUUUGUCAUUCAUAUCUCACUAAACGUGCCGUGGCUUACGAAAUUUAAACAGCCAGAUUGAAAAACUCUUGUAGAACUUUUACAAUGUUCAGAUGCUUCAAUCUUCUUCUGCUGCUGUUUUGUCUGGUUUAUCACAGCGGAAACACAUAUAAACCUGUGUCAGGAGAAAAGAGAGGAAACAUCAGACUCAGAUGUGAACAUGAGGACAGUAAUAUUGUUCACAUUGAGUUAUUCCAUUGGUCAAGAGACAUAUCUGUGUGUGAGACUGAAGAAUGUAGAGGACGAGUGUUUAAAGAAGGAAACUGUGACGUCGUCAUCAAGAAUCUGAUCUUCAGUGACGCUGGGAAAUACACUUUGAGAAUCUAUUACAAUAAUGAUCAGACAGAGCUGAAGCCAAAUAAUGAUCAGAUAGUGCCGAUGGAAAACAAGGAGUGGACGUACCGUCUUCAUAUUCAUGAUGAGAUUUCUGUGAAAACAGGCGAGGAGCUAAAGAUGUCUGUUCUGGUGUUUAAUGCUGAUAAAGUGAAGACAAACUCUAGUGGAGAGUGGAAGGAGGUUUGGACGAGAGAUCACGGGGUUCAGAGCGACCGAAUGAAUGAUACUGAUGGAAACCUGAUCAUUAAAUCAUUUCUGGACAGUGAUGCAGGAACAUACAGAGUUCUGGACACUGAAGGAGAAAUCUUGAUCACAGUCACAAUCACAGCAUCUGGUACAGAAUCACCGGAAAAACACAAAAACACAGAUAUAGACCAAACGAAUGACACUGGACAACACAAGAUCCGGAUUGGAUUGUCAGUUGUCGUGUGUUUGCUGAUUCUGGCUGUGAUUUCUGUCAUCAUAUGGAGACGUCAGCACAGAGAUCACACACAGCUUCCAGCAGAAGAGACACAGAUACAGAUCCCCUGUGACAUUGACAUUGACACAGGAACUGGAGAAACUAUAAUGAUCUUCACUGAACACCUGAGAUCCACUGGUUACUUGUGA